GUUAGCCAUACAUGUCACUUGUUUCGUGCGAUUCUACAGUGAUGGGUGGCUGCGCCGACAGUGGCCUGAAACAACAAUACAAUGACUAUGGCGGGAUCGCGCAGGAGAGAUGGAGAGCCUCUGGCGCAGGGAUGGAGGUUGCCCAGUGGUCGAGAGAGAUCGCGCAGUGGUGGAGUGAGAUGGAGAGUGAUCACUCAGCGAUGGAGGGAGAUCGUGAGGCGAUGGAGAGAGAUCGCACAGGAGCGAUAAAGAGAAAUCGCGCAGCGAUGGAGAAGAGAUCGCGAAGGCCCGAAGGUGCCCAACGAAUCAGCGAUAGCGAUGGCCAGCGCUGCGAUGGGAUAACACUGGCCAGGGCUUCGAUAGCGAUGGCCAGCGCUGCGGUGGAGAGCGCACCGAUGGAGAGAGAUGGCGUAACGAUAAGAAAGAUGGCGCAGCGAUGGAACGGCGAUGGAACGCGUUACAAUGGCCAGCGCUGCGGUGGCAGCGAUAGCUUUGCGUCAUGUUACAAUGGCCAGCGCUGCGAUGGCGGCGAUUGUCAGCACUGCGGUGGCAGCGAUAGCAAUAGCGAUGGCGCUAGCGAUAGCGAUAGCGAUGGCAGCGGUAGCAAUAGCGAUGGCAGCGAUAGCGAUAGCGCUAGCGAUAGCGAUGGCGAUAGCUAUAGCGAUAGCGAUAGCGAUGGCGCUAGCGCUAGUGCUAGCGAUAGCGAUGGGGGGUUGGCCAGCACUGCGGUGGCAGCGAUAACGAUGGAACGCGUUGCAAUGGCCAGCGCUGCGAUGCCAACGAUAGCUUUGCGUCGCGAUGGCGAUGAGCUAAGCGCAUCGAUGGCGAUGGUGAAUGGCAAGCGUUGGAAUGGAUUGCGGACUUCGUAUAUCCAACGUCGUUGACAUUUGCAAAAUGUCCCAAUGAAUGCGACACCGGAAC